CAUUGGCUACGUAGUUCAUGUGCACGUUUUGACAUCGUUCCGAGAGGGCGUAUCGUGUUCGCGGAUCACCGUCGUAUCGUCUCUCAUUCUUCUCUCUGGUUUGUUUAAUAGGUUAUGCGAAGUUCAACGUGAUCAUAAUAUCCGAACGUAAACAUUGAAAGUGCCACUCAAAUCCUCAUUGACAACGACAAAUUAAUAAUCAUUCAUAAGAAUAUAAACAGGAAUUUGUAUGACACUUGAGUGCCUCCCGGCAUAAAAGUCAUCGAGACUGCAACCAUGGAGGCGAGCGAACGGGAGAAUGCUUCCGUGGCUUCCCUUCCCGAGGAUGUUCCCGACGACAACGUUGACGCAAGUAACGGCGAAGUGAUUCCCGAAUCACCAGCGUGCGACGAGCAGAGCACCAGGUCGGAAACGGAGGGCACGUCUGAGCGUUCCGGAAAUGAUGCGGGUGACGCUUGCCAAGAACCUGGGUUCAAGAAGCCGCUUCUACUGAUCGGCCCCAAGCGGGGUAAGACCGGAAAAAUUCGCGCCGUGAACAACGACACGGCACCUCCGCCACCGUCCGAAUUGUCCGCGAGUAAGGAGGCUGCCGAGCCUGCUCGUCCAUCUCCGUCGAAUGACGCCGAAGAUAAGAGCGACAAGUCAACAUCGGACAGUUCUGCGGCCGAAAAUGUCACAUCUGACUGCAGAAACGUUCCCGUACCCUAUUCGGAGCCAAAGUGGGGCGGGAGACCGACCGGGGAGUAUAAGUUAGAGGUCCUUAAGUCGGGGAUGAUUCUGAAGGAGAUUGAUCUGACCGAGAGAAGUUUCUACGUGGUAGGGAGAUCGCCUUCCUGCAACUUGUUCCUCACCCAUCCGACUGUCUCGAGAUAUCACGCGAUUAUUCAGUACAGAGCGACGGGGGACGAGAAGAACUCCACGGGUUUUUAUUUGUACGAUUUGGAGAGCACCCACGGCACAUUUUGGAACGGGCAUCGUAUAAAAUCGAGGACCUACGUUCGGUUGCACGGCGGCCAUAUGAUAAGAUUCGGUUGUAGCCAGAGAAAAUAUAUUAUGCAAGCUCCGCCGGACGAUCAGGAGGAGGAAUCCGAACUGUCGGUUACUCAACUCAAAGAAAAACGAUUGGCGGAAUUGCGGGAACGAGAGAUCAGACAGCAAGAGGAAGAAGAAGCAGAGGAGAGAGCGAGACAGGCAGCGGAGAAGGAGGGUAUUGAUUGGGGAAUGGGAGAGGACGCUGACGAGGAAACAGAUUUGACGGAGAAUCCCUACGCUUCUAUGGUAGAUGAGGAGCUAUAUUUGGACGAUCCUAAGAAAACACUGAGAGGCUGGUUCGAAAGAGAGGGAUACGAUUUGCAAUAUCAAGUAGAGGAGAAAGGAAUAGGCCAAUUUUUGUGUUGGAUAAAUCUACCUAAAGAAUGUUUUGGCGGUCGUUCCAUGAAAGCGGAGGCUCUUGUCAAAGGGAAGAAGAAAGAAUCCGUUGUUCAAUGCGCUCUGGAAGCUUGCAGAAUCUUAGAUAGACACGGGUUAUUGAGACAAGCUAAUCACGAGAGUCGAAGGAAGAAAGCGAGGAAUUGGGAGGAGGAAGAUUAUUACGAUUCGGACGAAGAUAACUUCUUGGACAGAACAGGAACAGUAGAGAAGAAACGUGAACAGAGAAUGAAACAAGCUGGCAAAUUUGAGGAAAAAGUUGAGACAUAUAGCUCAUUGACUGAGAAGCACAACGAGAUUACGAACAAAAUUUCACGUCUGAACGAUCGCUUAAAAGAAGCACAAGAAAAUAGUGCUAAAGCGAGGGAGUCCAACGAGGAUUCGCUGGAUGCCUUUAUGUCCAGUUUAAAUACGUCUACUUUGAGUAAAAGCGACAUAACGAAAAUGAAAGUGGAGUUGCAGAAUUUACGCAGAGAAGAAAUGAAACUUGUUAAAUUAAUAAACCUUACAAAGCCGGCCAAUUUGCCGCCGCUUGUUAGUCAAGUGCAAGCAGAGGAUAAGGAUGAUCAGCAAAAAUCAAAACCUUCCGCGAGAAAGGUUUCCCAGCUGGAAAGAAGAAGAAAGCUUUUUGAGGCAAACAACAAAGAUGAUUCCGAGAGAGAUUCAUCAUAUGGUAAUAAUGUGGAUAAUGAAGAAGAAGAUGAUGACGAUGAUGUUGAUGAUCAAGAAGAAAAGAAUGAUGACGUAAAAGAGAAAGGAGACGAAGGAGAUACGAACGUACACAAGUCCGAAUGCAAAAAAUCUAUACCAUGUAAGGAUGACACGGAAUCAAAUGGUAGUACGAAAACUGGCGAUAAACCGUGUGUCACGAAAAACGUUGAUCAGGAAACAAGGAAACAAAACGUUUCAGACGACAAGAAACGAAAAAAGGAUAGUAAAUCAGAGAAAUUGAAAGGUAUAAAAAAACAGUACGAUCAAGAUGUCCACUCGGAAGAUUAUUCCACGUGGGUACCGCCGCAAGAUCAAUCUGGGGACGGCAGGACAAAUCUUAACGAAAAAUAUGGAUAUUAAAUUAGCUCUAGCGUUAUACACAUGUGUAAGAAAAAACGAUGUAAAUACUCUCCGAUCAAGAAUUUGUUUGACAUUACAUAGAAUUAAAAAAAAAGCUAUUUAUUUCUUACAGUCUUACACCUAAAA